AUGUCUUCCAGAAUAAUAUCAGUGUGGGUUUUCGUCCUGUGUCUUAAUCUAUUUGACUUAACACCAGCCAUCGGUGGAGGAUACCAGCUGCAGAUUAGUCAUCCAGAUGGAUCGGCUUUUCGACAGGAAUCGGUGAUCGAGGAUGCUGAUGGAAAUUCGCAGGUCGAAGGUGAAAUACGACAAGUUUUUUCUGAACCGCAUGGAGGAUCCUUAGCUGUUUUCUAUAAAACCGGAUCCGUGGGAUACAGGGUACAAUUUUCCUUUACGAAAUCUUCAACGCCGAUGCUCGCUAAAAAUGGAACAUUUCCAAUAAAAAGAAUCGGAGUAAAUGCUCUGAAGUCAACAGCAGGUUGA